UGGGGUCAGUGUAAUUGGAAAAUUAAUAAAGUUAGGCCAGUAUCUAUUUUGUAGUCAAAUGACUACAAAAAUUGGUCAAAGGAAGGCCUUAGGACGGUCCACUACUGUGGCUGGAGGCAAGACGAAGACAUCAAUCAGUAGUGGAACCAUUUUCUGCACCCACCUGGCUGUUAACACAGUGUACUAUGGGACAAAUUUGGCCCGGACACCAUGAGUUUCUACCUACUCUUUAACAAUUUCCAACUGAAUAAGGGUUCUUUUGCAUACAUGCCGACAUGUAUACAGUAGGCUACCUCUAUUUUCCGUCCAAUCCGAACAACUAGAUGCUGUUCAAAUUCAGAUGCUCCAUCCUGCUCCACUGACAAGGGAAACCAUGCUGGAAAAUCCUGAGGAACGUUCUCAGCCAAUACCAGGAUUGAAUCCGCGAUCUCCUGGUUAGAAGCUACUGAGGAAAUUUGUGACUUUUUUUCUGAGGUGUGUAAUAAAAAAUAGAUAGGAUGAAUAUAUACCAAUUACACAAAUAGAUGAGAAUGCAAAUUGGAACAGGUUAAUGCUGAGUGAACACAGUGAAGUGUUACUCUUGUAAAUGGAGUAGGAUGAUCUACUGGGAAGUUAACAAAAAUUGGUAUGUAGAGAUCUUGUCAUACAGGUGAGAUAGCUAUCUACAGGCUAUAUGAUAUACACAGAGUGGACUACCAUAGAAAUUAGGUGAAUGUUCACGACCAGUGGAAACGGAUAAUAAAAUGACAGACUAGUUUGUUGAUAAAACGUCUCAAACAAUUCAGUUGAAAGUUUGGAGGUGGAAAGUAAAGAUAGUGAAGUGGUGUUGAAAGAUUUAUAUACUUGAGGACAUUAUAAACCUGCCCAGUGGUGAAUAAAGAUGGGAAAUUCUCUAAAGGUGUCCGAACCGUAUAUAGUUGAUGAAUAUGGUUCAGAUGAAGAUGAUGAUUAUUAUUCUGCGUAUGAAACUGGUUUAGAAGAUAAUGACACACAGGAUAAUGCAGAUAGUCUAAAGACGCCUGUUGGAGCGGGGCGACAAAUAUCAGUAGAUGCAGAAGUGGUUAGUAAGUUGGUGUCAGAAGUGGAAGAUCUGAUGUCACAUCUUAACAACCAGAAUUAUGAUGCAGCUUACACGGCUGCAUUGAAUUUAAAACAAGGUGGAGUAGGAGGUACUCUAGAGAAUGGCUCACCUAAAAAGCCUAAAUCCAGUAUCCCCAUCAGCAGACUUCCUUCAGGUCCAAAACAUGAUACUCAAGCUCAUGCUGAAAACAAGAGAAAUGAAACGAUACAAGCCAGACGUUCAACAUCAGAUGACCCAGAGAUCAAUGGAGGCGAGCCAUCGUUUGUAUCACACAAUUUUUCCGAUGAUCUUGUCAGUGAGAAAUUAAUGAAAAGUUCUGACAAUCUUUGCGAAGGAAUAAUUCCUGAAAUAACAUUAACAAUGUCAAAAGCUUCAGUUCAAAAAACUACUUCUUCCGCCAGUGCUAAUUCAGGUGGAGAUAACUCAGAUGCUUUUGAAACUAAGGGAGGUAAUUCUUUAGGUUAUGUUAAUGGUGUAGGGACAUGUAAUGAUAUUAAUGGGCAUGUGCAAGAUAAAGGUGUAGAACAUGGUGAUGGUAGUUUAGUGUGGGAAAUUGAUGUUGGAGAAUUAAAGGAGAGACCAAAACCUUCAGGUAUUAGUCGUAUUAGAAGAAGAACAUGGAGUGAUCAAGAACAGAAGAUAGAUCAGUGUUUAUCAUCUGAUAUUACAGCUACAACUGAUGAUAUAGCUCUUAGAAAACAUCUAGAUCUUAAACGAUGGUACUGUAUUUCAAGACCCCAAUAUAAAAAGUCCUGUGGUGCAUCAUCUCUGGUUUCUUGUUGGAACUAUCUGUUUUCUACAUUAGGUAGUGGUAGUCUUCCACCAAUUACACAAGAACAGGCAUUAGCAAUUCUUGGUUUUAAUCCACCAUUUUCUGAAAUCAGUUUUGGACCAUUUACUGGCAAUGUUACAUUAUUAAGUUGGUUUAGAAUACUAAAUGAUCACUUUAAAGUUAAAGGGAGAUGUUUCUUUACUUACAAACCAGUGGGUAAGAAUAGAACAUCUGGAGUAACACCAGACGAUGCUUUAAGUACUUUAAAGAAAGGAUUACAAGAUCCAAAUUCAGCAUUUAUAUAUCACUGCCAGAAUCAUUACUUCUGUCCAGUGGGUUAUGAAGAUGUGCCACUACGCUGUGAGGAUGCUUACAGAGGUCUAUUACCGCAAGAUUUUGUUGAAACAUGGAUAUUGAUAGGUGAUACCAGUAGAUGUCAUCCUUCUAUACAUUGUAAAAGGUGGUCAGAUGUCUCAGCGGAUUUGAAUAAUAAGAACCCUGAAUAUCUUGAUAUAAGACGACUGUGGAAGGGUACACAAACGCGAAAUAAAAAAGGUGGUAACUUACACUGUAUCAUGGCUUUCCAAAAAGUUAACACACAACCGCGCAGAUCUCAAAUACCAAGAUCGCAUUUGCCGGUUAGAAAAGGUGGAAGUGGGGCUGACAAAAGUCCAUGUCGAGUAUCAUCACCACGAGAAACAUCAUCUGUAUCAUCAGUGACAGAAGAGGAGGAACCACUUUAUGAAGAAGAAGAGUUUGAUAGUGGAGAUGAGAUUAGAUCUGAUGCUGAAUGAAACUAAGUUCCCUGUACAAUACUAGAAGGAAUAUUAUUGAUAUUAAAUACAGUAUGAUAUUGACAUUCGAAAUAUGUGGUGGACUUAUAGGAGUAUUCUUGAGAUGUGAAAUAUUUAAAUAACAUGGAUAUAUUCAAUUUCAACUAAUAACGUGUGUAGAAACAAUUUUAUAUUACAUAUAUGCAAAAGACUUAACUGACUAACAUAAUAGUCAUACAUGGAUGUCAUAUUCUUCUUGAUUUAUUGAGUACUACCCUACUUAUAUUUUGAAAUUAUUCAGAAAAAAAACGGCUUAUGACUAGAGCUCACAUUCGAGUCACAUUUUGGUUUUAUUUAUCAAGUAUUUAUUGCCACUCUAUGCAGUGUCUGGGAUGGUAUUACUGUUAUUAUUCACAAUUUAAAUCACAGUGUAAUUUAAUGUUCUAGUCUUACCCAGAUCGCCCAUUUCAUGGACAGCAACUAGCAAGCAUAAGGAAAUUAUCCAAUCUAAUAUUAGUCUAUCGCCAGGUUAGUUGUUAAUUUUUAAUUAACCUUACUUUAGAAUCAGAGUAACAUUUGAAUACUGCACUGAUUUAUGUUUCCUAUCAUUAUAGAUUUUAUAAAAUGUGUAAUUUGAUUAUGCAUAUUUAGGUUGAAUAUGUAAAAUACAUUUAUCUCAUUUUAUUCCAGCCAAACUAUACUGUGUCUCUCUUAAAUAAAGUCUCUAAAAUUCAACACUGCACAUUCCAUUUUAACAUUUUUACAAAUUUAUUUUCAUAUAUUGUAAAUAUAGAAGAUAUAAAUGCUGAACAUCAUCAUUUUUUAAAGAUUUAUAACAUCAUCAGCCUAAUUCCUAGUAUGUGCACAUGUAUUCAUUCCACAAGCAUUGGGAUUGGAAAUCAACAUAUUUAAUCCAUGACUUGAAUAAUAUAUUUAUAAGAAAACAAUUGGAAUAUAUGAUGUAUAUUCUGUCCGAGGUCAUAGCUUUUUGUAGUUUAUCUGUUAGUUUUAAAUGAAACAAAUAUUUUCUUUUACAUUACAUAUGUAAUUUUUGUUUACAUUUCAUAUGGAAAAAGUAAGGACUAUAUAAAUGUCAAGACUAAAGUGCCUUACUUAAUGUACAUGUUAGUUCAUUAGUAUGUGUAGUUACAUAUCAUAUUCAGAUUUAUUUACAUAAUGCUAAUAGUAUGUAUCUUAUAUUUCAUAAUUCAGUUGUUAUAUAUUUCUAUUUUGCUGGUAUCAUAAUUUUAUUUAAAAUUUUAAUUUAUGUUACUAAUACUUUUGAAAUGCAAUAAAUAUUAUUUGAAGGAGUUA